GUUUUUGGCCACAUGCCAGGCACUGCUGUCACGGUAACCAUAGACCACAGAGAGCAAGAAGGUUCUGGCUGAUCCACGGCCACACUAAAGCAGUGGAUGCUUAGAAAUAUCUGGCGGAAUCUAAUGUUAUCAAAGUGGAGGUGACGUAUUUCCGGCGGCGCUCCACAUCAAAGCCAGAGCUUCUUGCCGAGACGCGCGUGUUGAGCUGCGCAUCUUUUCUACCGCUUGGCUUCAAACUAAAACUUCACACUUCGCCCGGGCGAAGUUCCUGAAUUGACACAGAACAAUGUCGGACGUGGGUUCGGAAGAGUUUGAGGAAGAAGGCAGCAAACUCGGGGAAUAUGAAGGGGACAGAAAUGAAGCCGGAGAGAGGCACGGAGUCGGUAAAGCUGUUCUGCCCAACGGGGACAAUUAUCAGGGACAGUACGAGUGCGGCAAAAGACAUGGACAGGGGACAUACCGCUUCAAGAACGGGGCGAGAUACGUGGGAGACUAUAGCCAGAACAUGAAACAUGGACAAGGCACCUUCUACUAUCCAGACGGCUCAAAAUAUGAAGGGUCGUGGGUUGAGGACCUGAGGCAGGGUCACGGCAUCUACACUUACCCCAACGGAGACGUGUAUGACGGAGAGUGGCUGCAACAUAUGAGGCACGGUCAGGGCACUUACCAGUACCGCGAUUCUGGCUCCAAGUACAAGGGCUCAUGGGCUCACGGCAACAUGGAUGCGGCUGGAGAGUACGUCCACUCUAACCACAGAUACGACGGUAACUUUGCCAACAAUAAUCCCUACGGCCCGGGGAAGUACGUGUUUGAUAUCGGGUGUGAGCAACACGGUGAAUACCGCCAAAUAGAGCAGGACCGGGCUGAGGGUGAUUGGGGUGAGACGGCCUCCACCACUGUCCUCAAGUGGGUUCCCAAGUGUAUCACAGACCGGUCGCCAUGGAAUCUGGGCAAAGAGAUGUCAGCUGGGGAAAAAGAAAAAUCUUCGGCACUGGAGGGAGAAUAGAACUGAGCUCUGUGAUCAAUCCACUAUCCUGCACCUAAAUAAAUGUAUUCAUAUGUAAAUACAA